AGGAAAGGAAGUUUACAAAAUACCGCCGUUCUGCUUCACCCCAAAAUAAUUUACAUCUUUCGUUUCCUCGCUCCGUCCUCUUCCAAUCUUUUUUGUUUGUUUUUUCUUUUUGAAUAUUCAUACUUCGCUCGGGUUUGUAAUUUACCCUCCUUUUUUUCUUUCUUUGAGUGGGUUAUUGCUGUUGUUGUUUGGUAGCGCUAAUCUUCCAGAUUAUAGAGACAAGUCCACGAGCCUGCAGCCCAUCGCACACGGAUACACAACCGUCACCCCCUGAACAUAUAUAACCAAUACUACCUGAAACGCAAGGAGGAACAGAGGGUGAAGAAAAGAAACGGAAGAACGGAAGAAGGAAGCAAAGCCGUGGCGGACGCAUCCCCACCGCGUUCGCUCCGUUGGUGUUACCCGUACCUCUCUUAUCUUUCUCUCUGUGUGUGUGGGGGGGGGGGUGUUUGUUUCUGCUGUGGCUCUUCGUACUCUUUAAUUACUUCCCCUCUGCUCUUCUCUCCGCCGUUGAGUGCUUCGACGCCGCGUGCACCUCCUCCACCGUCGCCACCACCACCUCCAGCGCUACAUACGAAAAGAAGAAGAGCGGAACACCGCCUGGUUGUCUUGACCCGUUUUUCCUUCCUUUUCUUUGAUAUCUCUCGCUCCCUCUCUCUUUUGUUUCGCUCCGUUUUCUUUUAUUAUUUUAGUUUGUUACUGUUGUUUUCUCCCGUCUGCUGUGCUUCUCUCUCUCUCACACAAUUCGAAACCGCCGAGCUACGUUGCCUUUGCCCUUACAUUUCUCGUUCUCUUCUCUCCCGGUUGGUGGAGCGCUCUCCGUUGGCGCCACCGCUCUGGCAACUUCGUUGUUGCGUGUUCAUUGAACUGGCUUUUUGUUUUUUUCAGUCUGUGUGUCUGUGUGUGUGUGGUUUGGUUUUUUCCGUAGCUGUUCUCCUCUAUAAUCUUACAACUCGGCUACAGCGUUUUUUAUUAUUAUUACUGUUACUCGUUUUCUUGUCUGUUUGUUUUACGAGACAUCGAACAUGUCGCAGGUUCCCCUGUCCACCAUCCUGCGGCACCCCCUCGCCUCCAAGCGGUGUAUGAUGAUCUUUAAUGCGAACGGCGAGGAGACGACGGAGAUUUUUGAGCUGCUCUCGCGCUACGAGGCGGUGGGCCCGAUCGGGCAGGGCACCUACGGCUUCGUCUGCUCGGCGCGCGACAACGAUUUAGUGGAGAGCUUCCAGAUAGACCCGCCGGUGGAGUACGAGGACCCUUCUCUGUCCCUGGAGGAUCGGGAGGAGAUGUACGAUAGCGCCACCCUCGUCGCAGUAAAAAAACUCCGGCAGCUGUUCGAGCACAACCAACCGCGCAUGUGGCUCUGCGCUACGCGGGAGAUCCAGCUGAUGAUGGCCUUCCAGCACGACAACGUCAUCUCCGCCACGGACUUCUUUAUUCCGCUGGGAGGAGUAGAGAUGAUGACAUACGAGUCCAUUUUGAACCUGCAGUGCACCUUUGAUAGCGUGUAUGUGGUGAUGAAGAAGAUGGAUUACACCCUGCGCGAGGUGCUCGACUCGAUGGAGGUGACGGCGGCGGAGCUGGACCCGCAGUACGCCGCCAUGUGGCGAAGGCUGACGGCACUGGUGAAGUCGGUAGAGGAGAGCAGCACGGCAGAGAAUAAUGAUGAUACUAAUAAUGUGGUAGAGAAAAGAGGUGAGCGGAAGAGGAGUAACAUGACCAGCACGAGCCCCGACGGAGCGACGGAGAGCAUCAAGACGCCGACGGCAACGGAGGACAUGUCUCCGCUGGCGAGGACGGCGGGGGAGGACGAGUUGCACGUAGAACCCGCCCCUCCCCCUGACGGCGUCCCCCUCGGUGGGAGCGUCUGCUGCCCGCUCACCGGGCUGCGCCUUCACCCACUCAGCAAGGACUACCGCAAAUUUAUUCUCUAUCAGAUCUUUCGCGGUGUCGGCUACCUGCACCUGUGUCCGGUGAUCCACCGGGAUCUAAAGCCGGAAAACAUCAUGCUCGAUCGCAGCUACGGCACCCGCAUCACCGACUUCGGCCAGGGCCGCGACGUCGGUCUUAACACGGCGGCCGACUACGAGCAGACAAUGCUGGACAACUGCACGCAGUGGUACGCCGCGCCGGAGACGCUGACCGUCGCGAUCAACAGCCCGGUGGGCUUCAUCGACCACGAGAGCUUCCACGGCGUGGAUGUGUGGUCCAUCGGCUGCCUGGCGGCGGAGAUGCUGAUCGGCCGGCCGCUCUUCUACACGACCGCGAUGAGUGGAAAGGCGCAAUUGCUGAGCAUUUACCGGGUGCUGGGCGAGCCCUCGGCAGCGGCGAUCAACUCCAUCGCGGAUUACCGCGACAAGGACACGAAGGAGCUGUUCAUCAGCUCAGUUCACAAGCUGGUGAAGACGGCGCCGCCGACGACGGCGCUCGACUUUGGGCUGGAGGAGCUGCUGCGUAGCCCCUUUGGCGACGAGGACGAGGAUGAGAUCCAGCUCAUCAUCGACUGCCUCCGCUGGGACCCGCGGGACCGGGUUACGAUCCAGGCAGCCCUGCGGAACCCGUACUUCACGAAGGACAAGUACGACCCCACGAUUGACCCCGAUGACACGGCGAAGCGCGUGCCGUCGGUGCGGCCGGAGGACAUCUCAGAGCCCGUCAGCGGGCGCGCUUUUCUGUGGAACCUUUUUCUGGAGCGCCACCCGGAGGUAGGGGAGCUGUGGAAUUCGCUCGUGGCCAAGCAUGAAAAGGAGGUGAAGGCAGCGGCAGCGGCGAGUACGUAA